AUGAAUAUCGCACAUUCGUUGCCUUCGACCGUUGCAGGAGUUUCCUUUUCAUUUCUCACCUCCCAGGAUAUCAGGAGAAUAUCCGUUAAACAAAUUGUCAAUCCCGUUCUACUGGAUGAUCUGAAUCGACCAAACAUUGGAGGUCUCUAUGAUCCAUCCCUCGGUCCAAGCGACCGCUCAGACAUAUGCGCAACAUGUCACCUCACGUAUUUUACCUGUCCAGGUCAUUUCGGGCACAUCGAGCUUCCAGCCCCAGUUUUUCACCCACUCUUCAUGACCAAUAUGUAUAAUUUGUUGCGCGGGACCUGCAUGUUCUGCCACAGAUUUAAAAUGACUAGAACUGUGCUUUGGAAAUUCAUGGCGAAACUCAGGCUUCUGGAACGCGGACUGCUGGAUGCCGCACAAGGUGUUGAUGAUAUCACAUUACGCGUCGGACGGAAGCAGGAGAAGGAAAAGAAGCGGAAAUCGAAAAAAGGAGAUGACGGGGAGGAAGACCAAGACGACGACGAAGAAGACGCGAAUGACCCCGAGGUUCCGGACGAAACUCCCCAAGGAUUCAUGACGAGGAUUAACUUAUAUGUUGCUAUUCACCUUCACCGUGCCUCGAGCAGUAAACGCGACAACUAUAAGGAUGGAUUGGUCUAUCAAACACGGAAGGACGUCAUCAACGAUUUCUUGAAGUCUUGUAUCUUGAAAAAGUGUCAAAAUGGCGACUGUGGCUCUCAUGCGUAUACGUAUCGAAAGGAAGGCCAUACCAAGGUCAUAGAAUACGAUUUGUCUGUAAAGCAGAAGGCUCAGUUGGCGCGGAGACGACCGGAUGUUUUGCUUGCUGAGAAAGCAGGAAACGUGGUCCGACAACGGAAUGAAGACAUAGAUAUGGAUGCGUCAGAAGGACCCACUAAGCCGAAGGAGCCUCAGCUCCCAAGAGCAGCAAAUGGGAAAAUAAAAACCUCUCGGGGUCGCAAUGAGAGGGUGGUUGCGCCAGAGGAAUGCCGUGCACAUCUACGUCGACUCUUCCACAAUGAGGCCAUGAUGUGCUCCCUCCUCUUUGGGCGUCAUGGUCCAUUUGCACCAAUAUCGAAGGACCAGCUAUCGUUCGCCUCUGCUGAUAUGUUCUUUCUGGAAGUCAUUCCCGUCGCCCCAACUCGUUUUCGGCCUCCAGCGAAAUUGGGCGAGGUCCUUUUUGAACAUCCUCAGAACGAGCUUCUCUCUAAAGUUCUCAAUACAUCAUACCGAAUGCGGGACCUGAGUUUAGAUCUACGGGCUGCUUCACAGAAGACCGGAAACGUUGAUGAAGGGGCGCGGAAGACUCUGAUGAGUGCGCUACUCGAUAGAUUGGUCCAGCUACAGGUUGACGUCAACAGUUUUAUGGAUAGCAGUAAGAACCCUGCUCCUGUAAGGCAAAGCAAGCUUCCCCCAGCUGGUGUAAAACAAGGGCUUGAAAAAAAGGAGGGUCUUUUCCGAAAGCAUAUGAUGGGAAAACGAGUCAACUAUGCUGCUAGAUCAGUCAUUUCGCCUGAUGUAAAUAUCGAGCCAAACGAAAUUGGAAUUCCACCAGUUUUUGCAAGAAAAUUGACAUUCCCAGAACCCGUUACACCUGCCAACUUCCACGAACUACGACAACGGGUAAUAACUGGUCCGCAUGGUUAUCCUGGAGCUACUUUGGUAGAAUAUGAAGACGGCCAUCAGCAAUCACUUGAUAAACUCACCGUUGAACAACGGACAGCCAUUGCAAAUCAACUUCUAACUCCACAAGAGGGUGACCGUGGAAGUGGACGCCGAGGUCUAUACACCCGAACCACUGCCAUGAACAAGAAAGUUUAUAGACAUCUUCGAGAUGGGGACAUCCUUAUUCUGAAUAGACAACCGACUUUGCAUAAGCCUAGUAUGAUGGCGCACAAAGCUCGUGUACUGACAGGAGAGAAGACCAUCAGGAUGCACUAUGCAAAUUGCAAUUCUUACAAUGGCGAGUUUAUGGCAAUCUUACAGAUGAAUAUUCAUUUUCCUCAGAACCAUGUGGCGCGGGCUGAGGCAAUGAUGAUUGCGAAUACGGACAAUCAAUAUCUAGUGCCAACAUCUGGAAAUCCACUUCGUGGUCUCAUUCAAGAUCACGUAGUCGCUGGCGUGUGGAUGACAUGCCAAGACGCUUUCUUUACCCGCGAGGAGUACUGUCAGCUACUUUAUGGUGCUCUUCGUCCUGAAGAAGAAAGUCGGGGCGCUCGUUUGGUUACAUUACCCCCUACCAUCUGGAAGCCAAAGCCAAUGUGGACAGGAAAGCAAAUCAUCUCCACCGUCCUCAAGAAUAUCACCCCCAAGCCAUUCGAGGGCCUUUCUCUUAACGCAAAGACGAAAGUACCUGGUUAUCUUUGGGGUGCCGAUUCAAAAGAGGAUCAGGUCGUUUUCAUGGAUGGAGAACUUUUAUGUGGGGUGCUGGACAAAGCGGCAUUCGGUGCUACGGAUUAUGGCCUUGUCCACUCUGUGUAUGAGCUCUACGGCGCCGACGUUGCUGGAAGGUUGUUGGGAGUCUUGAGCCGUCUGUUUACUAAAUUCCUACAGCACCGCGCGUUCACUUGCCGGAUGGAUGAUCUUAUCCUCACUCCGGAAGGUGAUGGGAAGCGGAACGACUUGAUCAAACGCGGGGAAAACCUUGGAACGGAAGGGGCUAUCGAAAAUUUCCCUUCACUCAGCAGCACGCCCAAGCUCGAAAUUGCUGCAGAGUUAACAACGCUGCUUGAGGAUGUCUUGAGGGACGACAACAAGAUGGCCGGGCUGGAUGUUACCGUCAAGACGAAACUGUCCAAGCUCACGUCGUCGAUAUCGGACAUAUGUUUGCCCAACGGCCUCCUUCGGAAAUUCCCCUUUAACCACAUGCAGACAAUGACACUGUCGGGUGCGAAAGGCUCAGCCGUCAAUGCACGACAAAUUUCUUGCGCUCUGGGUCAGCAGGAAUUGGAGGGUCGGCGUGUACCUGUCAUGGUCAGUGGGAAGACGCUUCCUUCGUUCAAAGCUUUUGAGACCAAGGCCAUUGCUGGUGGAUACGUCGUUAGUCGUUUCCUAACCGGUAUAAAGCCUCAGGAGUUCUACUUCCAUUGCAUGGCUGGCCGAGAAGGGUUGAUCGAUACAGCCGUCAAGACUUCUCGCUCAGGCUACCUUCAGCGAUGUCUCAUCAAGCAUCUUGAAGGAAUUCGUGUGCAUUAUGACCACACAGUCAGAGGCAGUGACAACUCCAUUUAUCAAUUUGCCUAUGGAGGGGAUGGUCUUGACGUGACCAGGCAAAAGCACCUGUACCAAUUUGGUUUCAUCGUACAAAACCAAAUCUCCCUCGCCCGCCACAUUAGACCAGCUGACAUCCAAAACGUUGUUGACGAAUCCACCGCCAUCUCGUACAUGAAGAAAGUGCUCAAACGGUCGCCAGAUCGCCCGGAUAAAAACAAACCAGCGAAACGUGACAAGUACGAUCCGGCGUUGUCACUGUACAGCCCUAGCCGAUACCUUGGAAGCACUUCAGAACAAUUUGCCAUAGCAGUCGAUAAUUAUGUGAAAACGAAUCCUCACAAUCUUCUAGCAGAAAAGGAGGAUGAAGUUCGUUUUAAGAGUCGAACACCGCCACUUCAUCCCAGAAACUUCCGACUCCUCAUGAACGUCAAAUAUAUGAAGAGUUUGGUCGAUCCCGGAGAAGCAGUGGGUCUAUUGGCAUCCCAAGGUGUUGGCGAACCAUCCACCCAGAUGACGCUGAAUACUUUUCACUUUGCUGGUCACGGUGCCGCCAACGUUACGCUUGGUAUCCCUCGUCUCCGUGAAAUCGUCAUGACAGCCUCUCAAAAACCAAAGACACCCUCGAUGACAAUGAAAGUCCGCCCCGACAUAACGGCAGAAGAUAUUACCUUGUUCUGCAAGAGAGCUAGUAGAGUCACCCUAGCUCAGAUCGUGGAGAAUGUUGAAGUCAAAGAACAACUCCGAGUGGAAGGAGAAACUCGAAGGACACAGUUCACGAUUGAAAUCAAGUUUUUCCCCAAGGUAGAAUAUCAAGCCGAGUACGACGUGGAACCUUCAGAAAUUCUUGCUGUAUUCGCCACCAAAUUCCCUCUAACCCUCAAGAGGGAAAUGCAGAAUGAGAUGAAGAAGCUGGAUGCAGACUUGAAAAGUCAAAUAGCCGAGCUAGGCAAAGGGAAGAAAGCCAAGUCCCGAGAGGGCGACGACGGGAAUGACGGUGAUGAUGAUGAGGCCCCGACAAAGAGGAAGGACGAUGAUGAGGAAAGCGAAGCCGGUGACGGUGGGGCGGAUGAUGAGAAGCGUGCGCGACAAAAGAAGCAACAGGCGACGUAUGAGAGCGAUGACUCGGACGUUGAGGAUGCUGAGGCGUUCAAUGAUGAAGAUAUCGAAGCUGCAUACGCUCCUGAAACUGAAGCAAUGGAAUUGGAUGCGAAACCCGCAAAGAAAGAUCGUGCACAAUCGCUCAAAGCGUUGAUCAGUCGCAUGUCGGACCUCUUCCAAGGCCACCUGCCUCACGCGACGUCUUUUGAAUUCGAUGAGUCGAGAUGCGUCUUUCAGCUAGAGUUCCGGCUUGACAUGCCAAAAUUGUUGUUUGUUGGCAUUGUUGAGCGAACGUGUCGGGCGACGAUCGUCCGCGAAAUUCCAGGGAUCACAGAAUGUUUCCAGGCGAAGGAUGAGAAGAAAGGGGACAUCACGCUCACCACCAACGGGUCCAACUUCCGUGGGAUGUGGGAGUUUGCUGUGAGCUCUGAUGAGAGCAUUCUGGAAGACGACGAAAUCUAUUCCAACGACAUCUACGCGAUCCUCAAGACAUAUGGGGUGGAAAUGGCCCGUGCAGCUAUCUUGCGUGAAAUGGGAGGAAUCUUUGGAGCGUACAACAUCCAAGUGGACAGACGGCAUCUUGAGCUCAUUGCUGACUACAUGACUUUUGAUGGUGGUUACAAGCCGUUUAACCGCAAGGGAAUCUCGACGAAUCCAUCUCCGCUUCUGAAAGCCUCUUACGAAACGACGGGUGCAUUCUUGUCAGAUGCAACUCUGUACGGGGACUUUGAUGAUUUGAGCACACCGUCUGGCAACAUUGUUUUGGGUCGACCUAAUUGUACGGGUACAGGGGUGUUUGAUGUGGUCAUGGGAAUAGCGUGA